AGCAUCAUAUAUUUAAAGCUGACCUAAUGGUCUUUCUUUAUUCGGUUCCUUUUGUUCAUUCCACGUCAUUUAUCUCUCACUCUCUUUUCUUGCACUUGUAAUGGCAAUACUGAGUAUUCUCCGUGACAUUCGUGCACUUUUCACAAAAAAUGACGCAGUGAACGAUCUCUGGUACAUUCUGGCUGCUUCUGCCAUCACUUCGCUUAAUCAUCCUGAAGAUAUCGAACCUGUAUAUGCACUCGUCGAACAAUCAAUUGAUGAAUCGGUCAAGCUCAGCCAGUCUGAAAAGGAAGAAGCUAAAAUACAUGCGGUGUUGCGUUUGCGUGAAGGCAUUCUCAAAAGCUUCAUCGCGUCUGGUUUUCCCAAGACGAUCAACGGUUUAAAGCAUCUCAACAUUGCUACGCCUGAGCCUAUCAAUGCAAAGCUGCCGAAGACACCGUUCCGCAAAGAGGAUUCGUGGGAAGCCAUACUUCGAGGGCGUGAGCGGGGGAAAGCAUUGUUUGCGAAAAUCUAUGACAAGCAUACUGAACGUGUACUCACUGACAUGCACACAUUUUACCCGGAUCUUGGCCAAGUUGCGAUCCAUCAGCUCUAUGGACCUGUGAUCUCUAAUACCUCCCUUUUAUCGGGCAAAGAAUCGAGUCUGGUUCUGGUGACAGGGCUCAAAGCCCAAGACAUCGCUGCUCAAUUACGCGGCCAUACCUACGGUGCCCUUCAUCAAGGCGCCACUCGAGAAGACUUGAGCAACAUCAACGCAAUGGUCAAUAUGCUUUGCAAGCACUACGGUGUGUCUCUACCCAAAGCCAAGCUGUAACGUCUUUUUGCAUGAUAGAAGAAGAAGAAAAAUAAAAUAUUGUUUUGUCGC